CGGACGCGCGCGGUCCGCAGCGGGGGCGCGCACCCCUCGGGCGCCUUGCGGAGGCAGUCCCGGGACCCCUCCCCGCGCGGGCGCGUGGCCGGCCGUCGCUUAGCUACGGGACGCGCCCCGGGGCCCCCGGCCAGUUCCCGCGGAGCAGCCAUGUCCCAGGAGGAGCCCCCUGCGUGCGUGGGCGAGGCCGAGCCCCGGGCCCCCGCGGCCCCCGAGAAGACCAGCGACUACUAUUGCGUGAGCGAGCGCCUGCCGCGGAGGUUCAACCACCCGGGGUGGUUCCGUGGCUACAGGAGCGCGCAGGCGGCCUCCGUGUACAGGACCAGCAACCAGGUGUACGGGAGCAGAGCGCCCACGGUGCACGAGAUGCCUAAGGUCUUCUAUCCGUAUUCGAGUAAGUUUUCCCGAGAGUUCGCGGUGGGCGGGAUGUUCCAGAGCAGCGCUUUCAACGUGGGCUUGGAGAAGAGCGUGGUGACCGGGCCGGACAACCACGUGACCGCCUGCGACCGCCUCAACUUCCACCCCAGCUACAACGCCAGCCGGCCGUCCAUCUGCGACUGAGGCCGGCCCGGCGCCCGCGGCUGAGGGCCCGGCCUCGAUUCCGCUGCUUUUUCCCUGGAGGGUCUCUGGUCCCCGGGAUGGAGGGCCGUCCAGACGGGCCGGGACACCCUGCUCUGUCCGGCCGGCCGCCGAGACGUGUGGGGAGGACGCUUGGACGGUUUGUGUGGGCAUUAAAGGUGUUGC